AUCUUUCAAUUAAUAUCAUCAUAUAACAUAAGAUUCUCUCUCUGAAUAUUUUAGGUAUAUAUCAAAUUCUUCAGUGAGAAAUUAAUCAAUGGCAACGAUGAAGUUCACUUUCCUUUUCUUUGUGUCAAUGAUGAUUCUCAGCUCAUCAUUGUCAUCUGCUUACAAAUUUCAUGUGGGCGGCAAACAUGGCUGGGCAGUGAAACCCUCAGCUGGUUACAGUCAUUGGGCUGAGAAAAAUAGGUUUCAAGUAAACGAUACACUUUAUUUCAAGUAUAAUAAAGGAUCCGAUUCAGUAUUGGUGGUUAACAAACAAGACUUUGAUUCAUGCAACACCAAAAAUCCAAUUCUUAAGUUGGACGAUGGAGAUUCAACCUUUAAAUUUGACAAGUCAGGUCCCUUUUUCUUCAUCAGUGGAAUCGUUGAGAAUUGCCAAAAGGGUGAAAAGUUGAUCGUUGUUGUUUUGUCACCAAACCACCAUUACACUCCACCAUCACCUACUACAGUUGCACCAGCACCAUCUCAUUCGGCAGAGAAUGCCCCUUCACCAAGUGCUACUGGUGAUACUCCUCCGACUACAUCUCCUAUCGACGAGAAUUCUCCUGCACCAUCUCCUGCUCAUUCGGGAUCUGAUAGGUUUAGAGGCUCUGUUGGUGUUGGGGUUGCUUUGGUCUUAGCCUCCUUUGUUUUUUAGAAUGUUAGUUUCGGGGCUACCAAACGUUGUUGCUUUUGUUUGUUAUAUUUUCUGUCGUUGAAUUUGUCUUGUCUUUUCUUUAGUUUGUGGUAAUGAAUGAAUGCCUCUUAGACCAUUUCAUUAUAUUGUUUGAAUUUUAAGGAAUAUAAUUUAUUAAUACUU